CUCUUCUCUACGCCGAAGCUCUCCAUCUCCUUUCUCCCUCCCAAUCGCGACUGCAACAAUUUAUUUUUCACUUGCUCUAUUUUCUUUCUCUUCCUCCUCUCUCGUGCCGACAAUUCCAUUUUCUUUCCUUCCAAUUGACGCCUUCCAUUUGCAUCGUCUCCCUUCCAUUUCCUUUCCCUCCAUCUAAUUUUUGUUCAUUUCCAUUUGCGGAGAAAUCUUACCCAGCUUCCAUUCUUCCAUUUGCGUAUCUGGAGUCACAAGGGUAAAUUACACCCAAGAUUUUGCCCUAGACUGCCGAGAUCAACACAGAGGGACACUCGAUGACCGUUGGCUUCACAAGGGUCUCUUCUUGUAGAGGAAGCAAUAGAGAUGCAGAAAUUGGGUGAUUUCAAGCUUCCUCAUUUCUUCAAUUAUCCACCAUAUUUCACUUUGCAGCCAGUAAGGGACACCCGUAAUAAGCAGGUACAACUUUGGAAGGAACUCAUCCUCGAUUAUUGUAGAACACAAAAGAUAUUUGUGGUUGGACUGGAAGAAGAUUUCCCGCUAUUUUCAAAUCCUGUGGUUGAAAGAUCUCUUAGUCAUGAAGCCAGGGAAGCAUUUCUCUCAGCAUUAGUAUCAGAAGGACGUGCAGAAUGGUUGGAUAAAGGACAUAGGAAAUGUCUAAUUCUCUGGCACCGCAUUCAAGAGUGGGCUGACAUUAUUUUAUCCUUUGUAAAAGAUAAUGGGCUAGAGGACAGUGUUAUGACAGUCGAGGAAAUACGUUCAGGGACUGAGUCUCGAGGAACAGAGCUUCAUGGGAUUGACCGUACAAUACUAAUACGAGCUCUGAGACUACUAGAGCAAAAGGGGAAGCUUGCUAUAUUCAAGGGAACUUCAACUGACGAUGAAGGCGUGAAAUUCUCCUUGUAAACCUUUUACUCGUUUCCUUUCAACAGGAUCAGAUGCUAUGGAGGCAAUGCUGCCUGUUACUGCUGGUCUGUUAAGAGUUUAUGAAUGUGACUGACUGUUGGCCAGUUGAGUUCUUUAGUUCAUGUUUUGGCUCUUGUUUUAAGCGGUAGCUCAUGACACGGACACGUUUGUUGUAUUGAAUUUAAGCUUGAAAAGAAUAAAUGACUGAAAUAUUUCUUUC